AAGGCAAUCAAAUUUGCCGUUACAUUUCGCGAUGACGUUGAAUUGCUCGAUCAAGCGUUCAGGCAUUUCACUAUUGUGCUGGAGGUGGUAGUGUCUGUAGAUAGAAGAUGAUUUCCUUGUGUGCCCUUCUACGCGCUCGUGUAAGUGACCACGAGUAUAGCCCACAUACCCUGCAUCACACAGGUUACAUUUAAAUUCAUAAACGAUACAUUGUUGGUUAACAAUAGGGGGCUUAAUUUCGUGUUGCUUAAGCUGUUGAUCGAGCUUAGGGCUAACGAACACUGGUUGGACAGUCACGCUUAACUUCGAGCUUAGACUGUUCAGUUGUUGUUUAACAUGAUUAGCUGACGACUGGUCCUUGAAGGGUAACACUAAUCUCACAAUCUCCGAUGGUACGUCUGGUGAUGGACAGGGAUCUGCAGAUGAAAUCCUUCUCUCAACGAACCGCUUAAUUGUAGUUUCAACCAGUGGCUUUGGGUAUUUCAAGUUAUGAAAAACCCCUCUAAGGCGGUCACAUUCCUCGGAGAAGAAAGACCAGAAGAUCCACCAUGGUGGAUCGCGCUUAUCGAUUAUCUUCUAACUGGUCUUUCUUCUCCGAGGAAUGUGACCGCCUUAGAGGGGUUUUUCAUAACUUGAAAUACCCAAAGCCACUGGUUGAAACUACAAUUAAGCGGUUCGUUGAGAGAAGGAUUUCAUCUGCAGAUCCCUGUCCAUCACCAGAUGUACCAUCGGAGAUUGUGAGAUUAGUGUUACCCUUCAAGGACCAGUCGUCAGCUAAUCAUGUUAAACAACAACUGAACAGUCUAAGCUCGAAGUUAAGCGUGACUGUCCAACCAGUGUUCGUUAGCCCUAAGCUCGAUCAACAGCUUAAGCAACACGAAAUUAAGCCCCCUAUUGUUAACCAACAAUGUAUCGUUUAUGAAUUUAAAUGUAACCUGUGUGAUGCAGGGUAUGUGGGCUAUACUCGUGGUCACUUACACGAGCGCGUAGAAGGGCACACAAGGAAAUCAUCUUCUAUCUACAGACACUACCACCUCCAGCACAAUAGUGAAAUGCCUGAACGCUUGAUCGAGCAAUUCAACGUCAUCGCGAAAUGUAACGGCAAAUUUGAUUGCCUUGUUAAUGAAAUGUUGUAUAUUCGCAUGCGUAAGCCAACACUGAACGUGCGAACGGAUUCCAUCCGCGCCAAGGUGUUUGUUUAA